UUACACGUGAAGUAUUUUUGUUUAUGUUUAGAAAAACCACAAUUUAAUAAUCUUAAUGAUUUAAUUUUAAAAUAAUGUCUCAGUCUAAAUCUAAACAUUAUUUCCAAGGUAAAGAAUGUUUCAGUCGCAUGAAUUUUCUAUAUCAAGCCUCCUUACUAAUGGCUGGCAAAAAUAAUACACUAUCCUCCUAUUAUGGUGAACUUUGUAAAAAUGUUGGAAAAAAGUCGGUUUUAAGAAUAGAUCCCACUGUAAAACGUGACUUCUGUAAACGCUGCUCUUUGGCCCAAAAACCGGGACUAACUAGCGAGUUAAGUGUUAAAAGUAUGCGAAAGAAAAAAAGAAAACACAAAUCAAUAGAACACUUGGAUAAAGAUGCCCAGAUGCAGCUGGCUUGCAAAUUAUGCGGUUAUCAAAGAAAUUUUAAUGUUAAUGAAGAAUAUAAAUUUUGGUUAGAAAAUCCUGAAUCUGUGGCAGAGGUGUACAUCAUUAAGACUGAGGAAAAGCAGAGCAACAAGACUAACAAUUCAAAUGAUAAAACAGAUAAGACUAGAGAUAAAGAUUGAGAGUUAUAUAAUAAACGCAAUAAAACGGGGGCUAC